AGUAUUACCAAUUAACAUCAUGACCAGCUCGCUAGCAAACUAAACCGCUUAAUAACUGUGAUAUUCCACUAAUAUCGAGCUAAAUUAUUCUUUCAGAAACUCAUUCCAAAAUAAUUUCUAGGACUAGAAACGGUUUCGGAAGCUAACUUCUGUAACAAAUAAACUAAGCUAGUCAGCCUGCGCAUAGCACAACAAACCAGCUUAAAUCUCGCGCCAGUUAACGUACCAAAGAGUUCUCACGAGAUUUGCAUGUUCACGCUGCAGCCACCGCCGCUGUUCAUUGGCUGCUCCUUUUCCAUUUAAAUGGUUAAAGAGACACAGAGGCGCUUUCUCAGCUGCAAAUCUGUAGGAAUUCUUCAGGAGGCGGUUUUACAUUCAGUCAAACAGCUAUUACAGCAAAGUAAGUUUGGGGUCAAAUGGUUGAGACACACUUGAUAUGUUUACAACUGUGGCUGCUCCUGGUGCGUUUGUUGGCUCUGUGUGGUGAAGCCGAUGCUUUCUUUGAAUGGAUGAAGAAGGAGGCACCGGCUCCAGUCUCGGUGCCUCCGGUUAUGCCCACCCAGCCAACUCCUGCCCCAAAUGAUGCCACACCAUUUGAGAUGAGUGUUGCUGAUGAGAAGAUUUUGGCUGAGGCAAAACUGAUUGAUUUGAGUCCUCUUGACAGCUGCCAUUUUAGGGUUGUUGCUCAACUUAAAGCUACCUGCAGUGGCCUUUCAGAAGAACAGCUGGCAAAACUGGGAGUAGCUUUGUUCAACUGCCAGUCAGAAGUCGAAGGACGCAGGACUUUCCUGUGCACUGAAGAGAUGUCAAUUAAGGAGUGCACAGCUGACAUGGAUUCGGAUACCUGGAAUACAUACCAUAUUGUCAGCAACCGUGCACGUGCAGUGUGUUAUGCCACACGUCAGCAGCAGUUUCGAAGGCAGACUGAGUUUACUGUGAAUGCCCUAAUCUCAACAGCAGCAAGUCAACUGGAUGCUAUGAAAGACCUGAAGGAAGGUCAGCGUGAACUACGGGACAUGACUGCUGCAUCGCUGGACAGGCUGUUGGAGGGUCACAGUGCUCUACAGCUUCAGCAAGGGGCACUAAAGGAAGGUCAAGAGCAAUUGGAUGCUUCAAUCGCAGCUAAUUUGCAGAGGUUGGCACAGGAGAAGGCUCUGAUCAGCAGUGGGCAGCAGUUGGUGGCGCAGCUUAUCCAGGGAAUUACACAGAGAAUCGAGAAUGUCGGUGAGCAGUUGAAAGGUCAAGGUACAGAUGUGCAGGAAGGUCAUCAGACUAUUCUGAAUGACCUGGCUGAAGUCAGAGGGCGUGCACAAGAGAUCUACAGUAAAAUGGAGCUUAAUUUGAAUGGAGUCCUGCAGCAGCAGAACACAACAGUUCAGUUCUACGCUGAGCUCAUGAGAAAGCUGGAACGCAUGAACAGCACUCUGGGAUACAUGCUGACAUACCUGGACAGCAUGCAGAGCAGGCUAGAGGAUCGACUCCAUAUGAUCCAAGAAUACUUGGGAUGGGCUGGUCCAAGUCUGCAUGCCAUGUGGAUAUGCAUGGUGCAUGCUGUCUAUUUCCUGUUCUCUGCGGUCCUGCUGUCCUUCUUGCAGUGUCCCAUGUUCUCCCGUGUCUCUCUGCUCAUCAUUGUGCCCAUCAAUGCCAUCGCUGAGGUCAAUCAGCAGUCAGCUCUCGACCUGGUCACGCUCUCUCUGCUCCUCUUUAUACUCUCGCUGGCACGUUGGUUUGUGCUGCAGUUGUUGUGGGCCCUGUCUAACUUGAAGGGCCAAAAGUGCAGUGAUUGUGUUCAUGCUGCUCUUCUGGCUCCUCCAGUGGAGAAGACUCCUGAAAACUCCCCAAACCCUGCAUACAAUCCAGCAACCUCCUCAACACCUCUAGAAGGAGACCUGGAUUGUGAUUUGGGGUUCGAGGUGCCAUGUCUUGAUCAAGACAGCUUUAUGACCGGCGACCCAUGUAUGGUGGCUUUAUCGCCAUCCCACACUUAUGAGCCACUUGGACAUGGAUGUCUGUCUGUAGGCACCCCCAGCCAUUCUACACCCAGACUAAAGAGUCGACAUAGCCUUGGACGAGCCGUUCUUGAGACCAUUACCCAGAGGAACCUGGGCGGUGUCUUGGAUACAGUUAGCCAAUCCCGGAGCUCCAGCCCCAAUCAGUCAGUCUCCAGCAACAGCUCUUUGUCGGGGCGUCCUCUGUGUAGUGGCACCACCAAGCUGGGACAGCCAUGUAAGAAGAGGGCACUGGCAGGUCAGGACUUCUGUAGGGUUCAUGAAGUAGGGCACAACUCCUAUGGUCACCUGUGAAACUGUAGCACUCCACUGCCACCUGUAGCACCAGCAAGUGUAUUGUGUGUAUCUUGUGUUUUUCUCCAACAUCGGCACUUCGUUUGUUUUAACAUUUUUGUCAUGGUCUGUUUUUAAUUCAUCCUCUUUAUGGAUAGAAGAUGGUGUAAGGGUUUUUAUAAUAGAUUAUUAAAAUAUAAUUUGUAUUUGUCUUAA